UCUCGUUCGCGAACGACAUUCGCGAACCUAUUGUGCGUUGGACUUCAACCUGAUUCCUUGUGGAAAAAAACAUGUUGUCAAAUAUGAAAAUGUGAUUUAUUCAAUGUCAUUGUUCUUUAAUUAUUAUUUAAACAGUGUUAACGAGAAAUUUGUUUUUAAUUCUACAUUGAAGAAAAAAUAAUGUGAAUCUGUAGUUAAAAAUUACACGUCCUUUUGGACGUGUUUGAAAGUAAUUUCAAAUCUCCCAAAAAGAGUGUUUUCAUGAUUACAUUUAAUAUGUGUCUUAAAAAUAUAUUACAUAUACUUAGCCAUUAAUUUUAUCUGAAAAGAAAGUUUGAUGAAAUUGAAAUAAAUAAUUAUCCAAUAAAUCGAGAUGAUGGAUGAUUUGUGUAGUAGCAAAAUGAUCCAGGAACAUUUAAGAAUACAGCAGUAUUAUGUUGUUAAAAAAGACACGACUGUAACUAGAAUAUCAGGAAAAUGUGAUGUCAAUGUCAGUAAUUUAAAAUUAGGAAUGCUUAUUGAAUCAGUGUGUAGAGAAUCGGAUGAUCUUAGUAUUCGAAUUCGAAUUAAAGAUCAACACGAGCUUAGUGUUUGGUCCAAUACAGUAUGGAACUGUCAUACUCACGAUCUUAUUCUUGUGUCGAAAAAAAUAUGGCAGUACUUAGCUGCAGUUUCCGAUAAUAAUGAGAGAGUGAAAAUUGCAAAUAACAAAAAGUUUUGCAAAGACAUUGAAAAUAUCCAUGUGAAUGACAAAGUUUGGUAUUCCUCGAAUGGAAGUUCAUCUGUCGAAUUAGCAAUUAUCAACUUAAUUGGACCGGUACCGGAAUUAGGAAAUGGAGUUUACUUUUGCCUUGAACUACUGGAAAGCAGAGAUUUGCUGAAUGGGUUUAGUGUGAAAUUUGCCGCAGUGAGCAGUAUUACUCCUUGUAAUCAAGAAACCCUUGACACGACCAUAAGUGUCGAAAAAAAUUUUUUGCAUAAUGACAUGGGCAAAACAAAACGAGAUUAUUGCCACAACAGUGGCAAUAGUCGUAGUAAUGAUUGUGUAAAAGUUAGACAAGAAACGAAUGAUUCCCUUUUUGAUAAAUAUGGAUUUGACGACAACACAAAUAAUAAUCGAGAACUUAUAUCUUUCGCCAAAGAUGUGUCCUCAGAGAAAAUGGCAACAAGUGAUAAUGGAAAAGGAAGCAGAAAUUCGGAUGAUUAUAAUUUAUUACAUUUUGAUGAUGAAACAGAAAAAGAAGAAAAUAAACAUGGAUUAGUUUCUGACAUUGGAAAUUUAUGUAUUGGGUCGAAUGUCAAAGUGCUUUUGGAUAAAGAAACACGUUCUGGUGUUGUCAGAUGGAUUGGCAUGCCACGAGGUCUUCCUCCUGGAAAAACCAUGGCGGCUGUUGAGCUAGACGAUGAUCAUUAUUUAGGAACAGAUGGAAUUUAUAAAGAUGAAAGAUAUUUCGAGUGUCGACCACAGAGAGCCUUCUUUACAGACAUUAAAAAGUGUCAUAAAUUUGACACUUCAAUUGAAAGUCACAAGGGCAAAACAAAUAUUGAUAAUUUUGGAAAUAUGGAAAGUUCUGUAGUAGCCGGAAUGGUGCGUCCAAUAUCUGUUAAAGGAGAUUUAGAGAAAAUUUGCGGUAAAAAUCGAGGAAUUCAAGGUCAUCAUAAUUCUUGUUAUUUAGAUGCGACUCUAUUUAGUAUGUUCACAUUUACCAGUGUUUUCGACAACCUUUUAUUUAGGCCACAAAAUGUUGAAGACUGUGAACAAUAUGAAGAAGUGCAAAGAGUUCUUCGCGAGGAGAUUGUAAAUCCCUUGAGAAAAAAUUUUUACGUUCGAGCGGAUCGUGUCAUGAAAUUAAGAACUCUUCUUGAAAAAUUAUCAUCAAUUUCAGGUCUUACUAGCGAAGAAAAAGACCCAGAAGAAUUUUUAACAUCUUUAGUGGCACAAAUUUUGAAUGCAGAACCAUUUUUGAAAUUAAGUUCAGGUCAAGAAGCAUAUCAUUAUCAAUUAUUUGUUGAAAAGGACGAACAUCUCAGUUUACCGACUGUGCAACAUUUGCUUGAACAAAGUUUUCUUACAAGUAAUAUUAGAUUGAAGGAAGUUCCUUCGUGUCUCAUCAUACAAAUGCCUCGUUUUGGAAAGUCUUUUAAAAUGUAUCCGAAAAUUCAACCCACACUAUUGCUGGACGUGACCGAUAUAAUAGAAGAUUCUCCUAGACAAUGCACAGUUUGUUCCAAGUUAGCAGUCUAUGAAUGCAAACAAUGUUACGGUGAAUGUGGCGACGGACUCGAGAGUAUUGCAUUUUGCAUUGAAUGUCUAGAAACGGCCCAUAAACAUGAAAGAAGAAUUAAUCACAAACCAAAGGAACUUAAAGUUCCAAUGGAUUACACAGCUCUUCAGGAACAUUGUCCCGUACCUCGAUUAUUUCUGGAACUUUUUGCUGUAGUUUGUAUUGAAACUUCGCAUUACGUUUCGUUUGUAAAAUGUGGACCUGGUUCUGAGGCUCCCUGGUGCUUCUUCGAUUCGAUGGCCGAUCGAAAAGGCGAACAGAAUGGUUAUAAUAUUCCCGAGAUGGUUCCUUGUCCGGAUUUUCCACAUUGGUUGAGCGAAGAAGGAGCAAAUAAAUUAUCAAAAGUAACAGACGAUCGCCAAUUGCCAGAGCAUGCAAAGCGGCUAUUUUGUGAUGCGUAUAUGUGUAUGUACCAGUCGCCAGAUGUUAUGAUGUAUAAAUAAACUUAAUUGAACAAAGCGAAUGGGUAAGUUAGACUAGUUAAUUUUUUUAUUUUAAUAUUUUAAUUCGUACAUUCACCUGAAUCGAUUUAAUAAUGUUCAGGUUGGGCACAAAGAGAAUAAAACACAAUAAAUUUGUAUGAUAUGAUAACUAUCUCAAGUAAAAAGUUUCUUCUUUCAAAAUAUAGAAAUUACAUGUAUA